GUCCAAUAUUUCUGAAAAUGAAUGAAUAAGCGUAUCUUAGUAAACCACGCCUCCAAUGGAUCACGUGCCACCUGCGAGUGCUAAUUUACUAUGUUUAUGAUGCCUACUACAACGGGUUAAAUUGAUCGCUCGGCAACAGUUGAAGAGCUAGAAGCAGGUUGCUUUAGGGAAACGUCGAGAUUCCGAGCACGUGCAUCAUGCAUCCGUUACUCGUGGUUGUCUAUUCACUCUCAGCCGUAUGGUUUUAUAUUGUGGUGGCAGAAGCGGGAUACUGCUGGUUUAAAGUUAACAAGAACGGACGUUGUACGAUAUUUUUCGGGGCAAAUAUUUCACAUCAGGAAUGCUGUUCGGACAACAGAGCCAAUACAGCUUGGACAUCACAAACCAUUCAACCCGGCCAGCUGUUCUAUUUAACAGUACUUGGCGGCGGUGUACCUUGUGAACCCUGUAAAGAAUCUUGUGUGGGCGUGAAAUGCCCGGAUGGGAGAGCAUGCAAGAUGAAACGUGGUAAGCCAAAGUGUGUUUGUCGACCAAAAUGCCCGAAAUGGAAGCGUCGAGUAGGAGCCGUGUGUGGAAACGAUGGCAAGACAUACAGAAACAUCUGUAAACUGUUGAAGGUUCGCUGUAGGAAAAAUUCAAACUUGGAAGUAGCAUAUUUUGGUCCUUGUCGAGACAGCAGCUGUGACAAAGUCAGAUGUCCAGGUAAGAGGACUUGUCUGCUUGACCAGUACCUCCAACCUCACUGUGUUCGUUGCAGAAAGCAGUGUCCAGUUAAGAAACGGCCUCGGUUCUUAUGUGGUUCUGACAACAUCACCUAUACCAGCCUGUGUGAAUUAAGAAGAGCCACGUGUAAAAAGGGAGGAACAAUAAAAGAAAUCUACAAAGGACGUUGUAAAGCAAACGCUACUUGUGAGACAAUUCGAUGUCACCAGAGGAAAACUUGCUUACUUAAUUUGAAAACGAGGCUUCCCACGUGUGUCCGUUGUCCAAUGGCCUGUCCAUGGGUGAAGUCAGUCCCUAUCUGUGCCACUAAUAAUCAGACAUAUUUAAACUGGUGCCAGAUGAUGAUACAUUCUUGUCAAACAAAGGUUAUGUUGGAGACCACAAGUAAAGAAGCAUGUUCAGGCACAUCGGAAAGAAAUCAUAUUUCCAUUCACACUUUAACUUAUCAACAGUAAAAUAUGCAGAGGAAAGUUUCACUGCGGAUAUGUAAAAAUAUAAAACGUCUAAAUAUCGGUAGUUACUACUCUAGAGUUACUGGUCUUUUCACUAGGUGACGCUAUUUACCACCAGACAGCAUUAAUUUUAUUAAAACUUCGACUGGAAUCAAGCAUCGCACAAUGACGCACUAUUAGAAUAUUUGCUGUAGAGUUGGUUUACUGUAAAUUUGUAAAAAGUGAUGAAUACUAAUUUAUGUUGUUCUUUUUUUUUCAUUAAAGUGUAGUAUUAAUUUUUAUGUCAUCAUAUUAAGUAAUAUA